UUUACUAUUUUCAGAUCACAUCACAAUUGUUUUGGAGUACAUAUCAUCUCAGACAUAAAAACUAGCUAAUAUGUUAACAGGUACAUGUGAAUGGUUUAAAUGCUUUAAAAAAAGUUGGAUUUUUAUUAUUUAUUUGUACUCAGGGGUAAUACAAUUAUGACCUGAAUUACUAUGAGACUCAUUACAAAUGUUAAAAUAAAAUAAUUGACUUUUGCAUAUAUGCACACAGAACAGAUUGUGAACGAGAUCCUCUAUCAAAACACAUGCUGAAUGUCACUUUAUCAUCCUCCACAAGGCGGCGCACUGAAUGACGCUCCCCCUCCACACUGUCCCAGUCUGGCGAACCAAAACAAAUCCUCCAUCCUUCCGUGCAAUGCGAUCCCACACCACCUUCCGGCUCCCGCAGCAAGUUUGUGUGAGCCAGUCAUGCGAUAGUGUUCAUAGAAAGACCGCACACUUUUGCCAGAUAACCAUCGGAGCCAGCGUUAGUAAUAAAGAAUGGUGUCCCAGUGAGAACCGUCAAGAUAGAGCACCCAAAUAACGAGCCAGUCACCGGCGGAUAAGACGAACACAGACCGCGAUCAACAGGACGCUUCAGUCUUUCCCGACAGGACACCAGCGAGGAUUGCUUGAGCUCACAUCCCAAAGAGCACACACGCAGGUGGGACAGACAGACGUCUAUUGGAAGUUCUUGAUAAGAGUCUGGCUCCGCCUCCUAUAUGACAUCACUCUGCGGUUACCACAGAAACCAGGGCUCCACUGCAGACGGUUGACAACCAAGCAGGUGCUGUGAUGGCUGCCCAGGUGGAGGUUGAUGCUGGGCGGCCAAGCAUGGUUGGGGGUCGUCUCCAUCUCAGCCCUCUCAUAGACUCUAGCAACAAGAGCUUGUUGGAGGAUUCCGGUGGCCCCCAGGGGCCCCUUAUUAUUUCCUCAGAACCUAGUAAGCCUGUCCCUGGCCCCAAGCCCAGACUUACCCCAAAACCUUUUUCUGUGGAGAAAAAUCCUACAAUACGACCUAUCCUUGCUCCCAAACCACAGCCAAAACCUAAAUCUGAAUCCAUUCGGUCAGGCUCCUACAAGCCAGACCCACCCAGCACCCCUAAACCACAGCCAGCAAGUAAACCAACUCUACCAUCCACAAAUCAAAAUCUGCCUGCAUCCACUGCCUUUAAAACAAGCCCCAAGCCUAGUACAUGGCAAACAAACAAACCAGUGGCACAUCCCUUCAAACCAGCAUCUACCAUUGCCUCCAAUGAUUCCAACAAAUCUACAACGCCCCAAACUAGGGAUGUAAUGCGAAGAACAAGUUUUGGAGCCACCCCAGCUAGACCCAGGACUGAUGUUCACGCCUCCACUCCAGGUGCAGAUUGGCCUUUUCCUUCAUGGAAUAAACAACCUGGUACUUCAAUCACUCGUGCUAAAUCAAUGGGUUACCUAGCAGAGGUUGGGCUGAAUUAUGAGGACAGUAAAGAGGAUACUGGUGCCAAGGUGGACUAUUCUCCUGCUGCUCUUCGGCCCCAAUCUAAAGGUUCAAAGCCCAGGCCGGUGUCAGCUGUGUUUCUCCCAAAUCCAGCACAGUCUAAGCCUGAGGUGGAAACCCCUGCACCUGCCCCUCGUUGGGCAGAAAGGCGACCUCUUUCCUCUGACCUUACCUCAAAAUUUGAGUCAAUUGGGCUGGCCCAACACCGGCGAUCUGCCAAGGAGGACAGCAAAGAGAACACUCCAGAAACACCACAGAGGGAGAAAGAAAAUGGUGCUGAUAAGGCAGAAGGGCUGAAAAAGACCCCCGAGCCUGAGAAAUGGAGUCAAAAGAUGGAAUCAAAAGAUGACUUUAAACCUGAGGAUGAAGGAGGAAGCAGUAUAAAAAGGCGCAUCAGCCUGCUUUUGGACUCCUCUUCCUCACCCUUCUCAGUGGCACAUGUGGAUACUCAAGGGACUGAGCCUCGUUCACCAUUGCUGUCUGUCUCAGACACUGAUGGAGCUGUGGGCGUGAAACAACGGAUCAAAGAACUGACUGAAGACGUCCCUACUACGCCAUCACUGCCCCAGAAGCCACAAUAUAAGCCACGCAACUUAGUGUCUGAUCGCACUAAAAGAUUUGAGGCAGAGCAUGACAGCCUUUGUUCCAGUGAGCCUAGAGGUUCCGAGGAGUUUGAGGAAGAUCUUGGCAAAAAGUUCGAAGGACGAUUCAACAAACAGGAGGAAAGAAAGACAUCAUCCCAGGGUGCUCAAGACUUUCCCACCCACUCUGAUUUUAAUAGUGAUGCAGUGCAAACGGUACGAGCAGCUAUGUUUGAGAAUGUGGUGGAGAGGCAUAAUGUUCAAGUGAUUGAGGAUAGUGCCUCACAAGGCCCAGGAAUACAGCAGGAAAACACAGUUGUACCUAGAUGGAGCCACUCUUUGCAGAUUCGGGACAACACCUUUAAAGCUCUUGAAGAUGAUGAUCCUGGUAGUUUAGUCAAAGCAACCUAUAGAGAGCAAUUUUCUUCUUCCAAUCCUGUAUGUGUGGAGCAUGUCUUUGACACUGUUGCUUUGUUUGGAGAAAGCCGUGCUGUUAGUGAAGCUUUACCAACUGCUCAGCUUGAGGAUAGAGCUCUCACACUUCGUUCACGGCGAUCAGCUCCCCAAGGGGAAGUGGACAGACCUCCCCCUGAAAUGAGUAACUUGAUAAAGGAUGAAGAGAGUACAUCUGCUGCCCCUCCAAUGGAGCCACGCAUUCCUCGUUACCUCAGAGUGGGUGCGCUACAGAAAUGGACUGACACAGAAGUGAACCGAGAGAUAGGAGCUGAGAGGGAGCGACAGAAAGAAAUGGUGAGAAAGAUGGAAGAAGAGAUACAAAGGCAGAUGGAAUUACACAUGUCUGCAGUAGCAGCAUUGGCGGAAGAGGAGGUAGAUAGCGAAAUGGAAAGGAAGAUACAGAUAGAAGCACAAAGAGAGAAGGAGAGGGAACGAGAGGAAGUUGCAGCUCCCAAGCGGCCUAAGAUGCUAGACUCAGAAGAGCAAACGAAUAAACCUAGAGCCACAUACUUUGCUCUGACUGGUCAGAUUCAAGAGCCUGUGCACCAAGGUGAGAUGUUGGAUGAGGAUGUAAUCUUUGGGAGAGGUAAACAUGUAUGGAUGGGUGGAGAAGACAGAGCGAUGAAUGAGUUGCCUUUUGAUGAAUUCUCUUUUAGAAAAGAGCAGUGGGGUCCUCCAGAUACAUUUGCUCCAUUCAAAAGAAAUCCUACAUUAGAUGCUGCCAUGCAGAGAGAUUUCCAAGAGGAACUAUAUAUUAAUGACACAAGACAGAAGUUAGAUCACAGAUUGCAAGAAAGGGAACGAGAGAAAGCAAUCAGGGAAGAGAUGGAAAUAGAGAGAAAAAGACUAGAGUUUGAAAAGUUGAAAGAAUUAGAAAGGCAGCGAGAAAUUAAGCAAUGGAGAGACUUGCAGAUCAAGAAACAAAAGGAAAUUGAGAGAGAGAAGAGAAAAGAAAUUGAUAUACUAAAAGAGAAGGAGAGACAGAAAGAGUUGGAAAGACAAAGAGAGCAAGAGAGGGAGAGACAGAGAGAGCUGGAGAGACAAAGAGAAAUUGAAAGGCCGACGCAGCGAGAAAGGGAACGACAGAAACAAAUUGAAUAUGAGAGAAUGAAGGCUGUGGAAAAAGAGCUUGAGCAGCAAAGAGAGUUUGAAAGGCAACGGCAAAAAGAGUUUGAGCGAGAGAAAGAGAGAAUGCUUGACCAGGAGAGGCUUAGGCUUAGAGAAUUUGAAAAACAAAAGGAGAUGGAGAUAGAAAGAGAGAGACAAAUGGAGUUGGAGAGUCAGAGGGAAUUUGAAAGACAAAAGCAGAGAGAACUUGAAAGAAAAAGAGAGAUUGAGAGGCAGAAGGGGUUAGAAAGACAGAGGGAAUUGGAGAGGCAACAAGAGCUGGUGAAACAGAAAGAGAUGGAGAAGGAAAGACAGAGACAGUUGGAAAGGCAAAUAGAUCUGGACAGACAAAGAGAGCUUGAGAGGCAGCAAGAUCUGGAGAGACAACAGGAGAUGGAAAGACAGAGAGAGAUAGAGAGGCAGAAAGAACUUGAAAGACAUAAACAAAAAGAGCUGGAGAUUGAGAGAUGGAAGCGUCAGAAAGCAGAGGAGAGGGAGAACAGGAGAGAGCAGGAGGAACUUGAGAGGAUAAAGGAGCUUGAGAGACAACAGCUUCUUGAUUUUGAACUGCACAGACAGCGAGAAAGGCAACUCCAGCAAGAGAAAGGGAAAAAGAGAGGGAAGGAUAAAAAGGAACGAGAGGAGAGAUAUCAGCAGCCUGAACGACAAAGAGGAGUAGAACGUCAGCGGUGGGAGGCAGAGCAAGAAAAAAUUCCUACGUCUCCACUUCGGCCCAAAGUUCUAGAUCUAGACUCUGUCUCGCUGGAUGUUUGGACUGGUCGAGACAGCCACGAGAACAGUCCCACAGCCCGAUGGAUACAGCCGUCACUUUGUGUUGAUGAGCCUUACAAACCAGCCAUCUUGGACAUCGACUCGUUCAGGAGCCAAACCCAACCAAAUACCUUCCCUGUAAAAGGCUUUGGAGGUUUAGAGUCAAGAGGUGUUGGCUCAAUGAUUCAAGCUCGUCCACAGGCCAUACAGCAGAAUCUUCUCCAGUCCCACCCAGCGCCUCAAGUUCAGUCUCCUACUCAGACCCAGUUCCACCCUCUGUCCCAGGCUUUCUUCCAGCCCUCACCUGGAGAACGGAUGAGAACUCAACUCCCGCCACCUCUGCAACCUCAAAUUCUGCACCAAGCCCAGCCUCAUUCGCUGCCUCUUGCUACAGAAAGAUCUAAGCCACAAUCUCACUCAUUUAUUGAGACCUCCAAUUGGGCCUUUGGGCAGCCAAGUUCAGCAUUACCCCAUGCUCAAACUGAAGUUUGGGGACAGACUCAAGUAGAGUUGGCUGUAGAUGAGCCUCUUUGGGUGUCAGCCAUGGAGGGAUCCAGAAGGCCCAUUAGCACCAGACCAUCCAACUUUGAGCAACAGCUCUUGCGGCAAGAAGAAAGAGGUACCAAUUUGACACCAACUUCAACCUCCACCAUAUCUCCCAUCUUUACUCCUGUACAGCAUCCCUCUCUUGCACCACCCAUGGUUUCCAUUCAAACUCCAACGCUGGUUGUUCCACCAAGUCUUGGACCCUCUGUAGCCCCUAUCCUGACCCCAGAAAGAUGCUGGACGUCAUUGCCUUUGAAUGGCGGGUCCAUUGAGUCUUUGUUCCCUUCUUCUGCAACACCUUUAGCUAGGAAAGAGUCUUCUGUGCCCAGUAGUCAAGUAGCUACCUCCUCUGUCACUGAUCCUAUAUGGAGCCCAAACUGGGAGCUGGUAUCCCAGGGACAGAGAGAGAACCGUGCAACACACAGGGACAAAGGACAACAGAAAUUGCGAUCUAGGAGUAUGUGUCGAAGGUCUGCCCCCGUUGAAAGUUCUACCGAUGCCCCACUUGUCCACAUGAGAACUCGCAGAAGUCGCAGUGCACACAGAGAAAGAGCUGGAGAGAGCUCGGAGCUGGUAAAGCAGUGUGUUAGUGGACACAAGGAGAAUAAAGACACAGACAAUCUGGUGCAAGAGGCAGACAGUCAAUACGGCACAUGGGAGACGGGACUUCGCACAGAUGACAGCCUCACUCCACCUACACCUUCACCUGAAGGCAACCUCACCCCAUCUUCACGGAAGCCCACACCACUGCACACAUCAGAACAUCCCCUUCUUACUGACACACCUGAUGGCUCCAUCUCCUCAACUCAUGAGCAGACGGAUCUAGCGCCUUUCCCAGAGACGGCCACAACACUAUUAGACUCUAGUGCAUUACGUGCUAGGGUUCAGUUGAACAAGAAGUCUCGCAGAGCCCCACCCUCUCGAGCUGCCCGUCACAGUGCCCUCUUAUCACAAGUACCUGAGGGAAUUGGAGUAGGAACUGAUGAGUGGCGCUACAGGGACUCGACAGAUGAGAAGGUUGAUUGUUUUAAGGAAGAGGAGGAAUCAGACUCUGAGGAACAGGCCAAGGCAAUCGAGGCCCGUACCUCCUCAAUCUCCUCUCAGCCUCAGAGAGUGGCUCUCUUCCCUGGCAUGGACCCUUCUGCCCUGAAGGCUCAGCUGAAGAAGAGAGGAGAGUCAGAAAAUCAGACAGAUGGCCCCUCACCCUCUCAGCCCUCACGCUCACCCAAAUCUCCAUUCUUGCCUCGAGCUGCCCGUGUGCUUCCCUCUGCUGGUGGCAAAGAGAAUCGAGAGGAGUCAUCACCCCAGUGGCUGAAAGAACUAAAGACUAAGAAACGAUUGAGUCAGUAUGAAACUGAUAGUACAGCCUGAAGAAGCAGCAUUUCAGGAUGCCUUAUAACCAGUAGCUGUAACACUUGACAGAAGCCUUAACAUUUGACCUGGAGUUGACGUGAAUCUGCUGCUGCUGACUACGACAUUGUUGUGUGUUUGUUUAUUUGUUGAUCUUCCCCUCAGACCUAAGUCGUGUACAUGUGCAUGGUGCCUUUCGAAAAGAUUUCUGGCUCACUUAAAGUGCAAAGCGGAGAUCUGUGUGUGAAAGUGUGUGUCCAUGUUAUAUGUUAUCUCUUAAGCCCUUUGUCUGAAAUAAUUAUUUUUGCAUACCUCUAGUGAGCAAAAGAUCAGAAUUUAUGGUGGAACUGACAGUUGAGUCGACCUGUGGGACCACACACACUACGAAAAAAUAGUUUUCUAAUCAGUAUUUUUGUCUUGUUUUCCAUUAAAAAUAUCUAAACGUCAUUGAAACAAGUAAAGUUUCCCCACGAGAAGUAAAAUUGCAUUUUAGAGAAUUUAUCCUGAAUUAAGAGUAUUUUUCUUACACCAUUGAAGAAGAAAUGUAGUUAAAUGUACAUUAUCUGAAAACAAGUCUUAUUAUCUUACACAGUUUUACUCAAGUGAAUGUAUCUUGUUUUAAGGAGGUUUUAAUAUUUUUACUGGAAAACAAGGCAAAAAAAUUUAAAUUUGAAAAUAAUUUUAUUUGCAGUUCAUCUACAGUAACAUGAAGUGCUUCAUUUAACUUGAGUAUGGACCGAUUAUUGAUGUUAGUUUAUUUGUAUAUUUUAUCUGUUCAUAUUAGUUCAGAUUUCAUAAUUUUUUUUGUUUGUUUGUUUGUUUGUUUGUUUGUUUAAUUCCCAAUGUUUUUGUUCAGUUGAUGGUUAUAGGCAUCAGUUGCACUGCAUUUUCAUAGACAUCAUGAUUUAUUUCAUGACUGGAAUAGUCAACAAAUCAUUGCUAGCUAGCCUAAAAACAGACUGUAUAGAAAGUGUAUUUAGUUAUGAAAAAUUUUAAUAUAGUCUCAAAAUGUUAUAUUUGUAGUAAUGCUGGUUUGAAAGAGUUAUUGCCAGAGGAAAAUGGUAUAUGUCUAAUAAUCAACAGGAACAAUCCACACAUACUUAGACCAUAUUUUUCUAUGUUUAAGAAGACCUGAGGUCCUAUGAGUUGUGUGUGUGUGUGUUAUUUUAUGAAUGCAAGGUUGAGAGUGGGAGUUUGAAUGGGCCACUGAAUGCACCAAGUGUAUAAUUUGUUUGCACACGUCUUCACCUCUAGAUUUAGGUUCAGAUUUGGGGCUCUCACACAUAUUUAAAGGACUCUGUGCUGCCUCAGUCUAACCGGAUGGCUGUUUUACAAUCAUUUGUUUAGCGUACUGCAUUCAUUACAUUCUCAUUUUCAUGAGCAUUCAAUGAUAACAUCAUGAUUAGAAAAAAAAAAAAUGCAAUUUCAGUGCAUGUACAAUCAAUCAUUCCCGUUUAUUACGCUUCAUUUUCUUAUUUUUUUAUUUGACAUCCCAUUACUUUUCUUGCUUCAAUUAAGGGCCAAAAAUGAAUGGUAAAUAAUUGCACAAAGUUAAUCUAUCCUGUAGACCAAUUCUCCUCUUCCCUUACAAUGUUUGUAAUAAUGAAUGAAUAUACAAAGGGAAAAGGUUUCAUUUGUGUCCCUCACUCUAGGUCACACAUUGUGAAGCUUGUUCUGUUCUUGUUUACUAGUUCAAGGGAAUUCUGAAAAUGUCAAAGUACUGUAAGCAUUGUUCAAAUGACAUUGCACAUUUGUUGUCACCAUAUUUUUGAAAAACCCAGAGCCAUGGUGCCACUCCCACCUAAAGUUCCUUCAACAAGCACUUUUCACCGAUAACGAACAGCUGUACUGACCAGUAGUCACUUUUUUUAACGCAUGUGUCCACCUGUCAAUCUAGUGAUGUUCGUAUGCUUAAGGUAUGUGAGUAAUGUGUCCUAAGGUUAUUAUUUUUUCUAAUAUCAGCUUUUCUCUGUCUGCCUAUAUGUGUUAUAGUCUAAGGGUAAUUUGUCCAUAUUAUUUUAAAUUUGUCUGUAAAAAUGUUUAUUGCACUGUGCUGUAAUGCAGUGUCCAAGACUGUAAGUUCAUAAUAAAAUCAUAUUAAAUCUAUUUAUAGCAAAAUUUAUGCAU